UUCCAGCUUCAUUGGUGUGGAAAGUAAGAUGGCGGACCGGCGGCGGCGGAGGAGGCGCGCGUCCCAGGACAGCGAUGACGAUGACGACGACGAGUCCGGUUCCUCUUCGGGCGCGGAGAGCCGUGAAUCAGGCUCCCAGACGAGCAAGGGCCGCGGCGGCAGAGAGCCUGAACCGGCAGAGGUCGCUUCCGAGCGGAUCGAGGCCAAGGAGGAAGUGGCGUCCGAGUGUGAGAGCGAAGAUGGAGCAGGAGAAGCUGUCCUCUCAGACUACGACAGCGCCGAUCCGGAAGAAAACGCCUCCCACUCGGAGGGAGGAGAGGAGGAGGAGGGCGCGGAUGGAUUCAGCGAUAAAGAAGCUCCGGCAGCGGCCAGCCAGUCCAAACUUUCCGCUCCGGCCCAACCGGCGCCAGCAGAGGCCAAUGAAGAGAGGGAAGAGCGGAGUAAAGUGGAGAAGGAGUUAGAGGAAAAAGGAAAGUCGGCAGGAGAGCGGCAGAGCGGCGACGGUCAGGAGUCCACCGAGGACCCUGAAAUCAAAGCAGGAGGACAGUCCGGGCAGCAGCUGGACGACGACGAGGACCGCAAAAACCCGGCUUACAUCCCUCGUAAGGGUCUCUUCUUCGAGCACGACGUCAGAGGCCACGCCCAGGAGGAGGAAAGGCCCAAAGGCAGAAACAGGAAGCUGUGGAAGGAUGAAGGGCGCUGGGAGCACGACAAGUUCCGCGAGGAGGAGCAAGCGCCCAAGAGCCGUGAGGAGCUCAUCGCCAGCUACGGUUACGACAUCCGGAACGGCGAGCGCACUUUUGUCCAUCGCCGGCCUCGGUCAUCUGUGUCCCCCAACAGGGAGCAGUGGUGGCGGGACGGGGGGGAGCGAGCAGUGCGCUCUUGGCAGAGCAGUCGAGGAGGAAGAGGAGGAGGGAGUCUUGCCCGAGGUGGUCCUCCCCAUCGUGCUUCUCCCGCUUCUGUCCCACUUGUGGCCAGCCAGCGUGGUAACACCACCCGCGGCCGACCACCCCACCUCCCGGCACAGCCCCAGUACGGGGGGAGCGACUCGCACGCGCCUCUGCUUCAUCCGCGAGAAAGAGUAGGUCCUAAAGCCCUGCCUGUGCCAGCGGCGGCCGGCAGGGGAAGCCGUAGCGGCGGUGGGAGGGCUGGGGAGGACCCGCCAGUCAGCAAAGAUAGUGAAGACGACCGCCCGCUGAGUACCGGAACCCCGUCCGUUAACCAGGUGGCAUAUCGGAGCACGUCGUCUACGCAACAGCUGCAGGAAAAACGAGGGGGUGCCGCUCAACCCCCCCAUGCGUCAGUGGCCCCCCAGGAAGCCUCUCCUCCCGCCGAACGGCCCGUUGAGCGAAAGUCGUACUCGCUGGCCCGCAGGAGUCGCUCCCGGCCGGCCGAGCUGGGCGGCAAACAGACGUCCGUGGAGGAGGUAGCGGUGGCGGAAGUGAAGAACCCAGUGGGGGGCGGAGGCAUGGCCGAGCUGGACCAGGACGUGGCCCGACUGAGUCUGGUGUCUGGACAGAGCUGGAACCAGAACCCUGCUUCCUACGUACACUCUGAGAUCAGAAGCUUGAGAGGCGGCUUGCCCAUCCCGUCCGGUCGGCCUCCGUUCUCAGGUUUGGACGAGAUGUCAGGCGGCUCCAACCGCGCCAAGCGUUACUCCUCCCAGCGGCAAAGAGGUGUGGCCGAGGCGGCCCCCCUGCACAUCGGCGUCAUGGAGGGACACUACUACGAACCCAUGACGUACCAGGGACCAAUUUUCACGCAUGGCGAAGCCUCGGCCCCCGUCGCACCCCAAGGCAUACUGGUCCAACCCGAGAUGCACAUCCCCCAUCCUGGACUACAUCCCCACCAGUCGGGAGGCCCCAUACCAAACCCCGCCCUCUACGGAGGGCCGCCUGUAUCUCUGCCACCAGGGCAACCGCAACAACUUUUGCCGCCGCCUUUCUACCCUCCGCCAGGGGUCAUGACCUUCCCUUACCCAGCCAUGUACCCGAGCCCUCAGGGUCAAUCGCAGGUGACGUACGGGGGCGUGACCUAUUACGACACGAUGCAACAGCAGGCUCAGCCCAAACCGUCGCCGCCCCGCCGCACGUCCCAACCCGUUACUGUCAAGCCCCCUCCUCCCGAAGUGCCCUUUGCAUUGGAGUGACCCCGGUCCUCAGAACUGUGAGGCAGAUGUGCUAAACAGUCGUUCACCGUGCAGCCACAUUUCACAAUUUCACACAGCUUGGCCGAUUCAUACGUUCUCACUUUAAGUCUCACAUUAAAACAAUUCAAUUAAUUCCACAUCAUUUCAAUUCAGCGUUCGCAUUUUACGUGGCGUUUUCCACAAGUUGUAUUCUGCUCCUCGUCAUUGCUAUGCUAACCUUUUUGUUGCUGCAGGUUCCGGCGUGGAGCUUCUGACGAACACGGACUGACGCACAGGCCGCGUCUGUCUGGAGGACCGAGUCAUGUGACUGUGCUGGAUUCCUUCUUCCAGCUUGGCGUGCGUGUCGGAACGACAGUGGCGCGCUAACCAAAAUGUGUGUGGUGGCGGCGUGCCUUCCUGUGAGGUCACAUGACCGUGUCCACCAAAUGGCUGCACGCCCGCUAUCUUUCCUCCCGCUCAGCCCACCCGCGACGUUCAGGGCAACUAAAGUACGGACAAAACACUUUGAAGAUUCUGGUCCACUUGAGUUUGUGGCUAUGAGAAAAAGCCAGGAUCAGAAAUGUAGUCUUUUGUUUAUGCUUGUUGGUCACAGGAAAGAUCUAAAAGGUGUACACUUUGGUUUAGAGCAGUUGCCAUUGUAGUUAUGUGUUCGUUUUUUAAUUCCCUUUCUGGGAUAUUUUUCUAUGUUUGUUGUAUUUUGCGUUGAAACAGUGAGAUGUGACUCCCAAAAAAACUUUUCAACUUGCUGUCCUGAUUUCUGCGACCAAUCUGUCAUUGGUAGCUUGAAGCUAAUAAAACUUAAAGUUAACCUUCAA